AUGAUCAAUUCAAUUGAUGAUUCAAUGGAAUUGAUAAUUGCUGAACCACUUUCUCUUCCAUCUCUAUUAGAAUCUCAUCAUUAUUAUCACGAAUCAUCAGGUUAUUCAUCAAAAGAAGCUGAAUGUAGUAGUCCGGAAAAUAAAACAGAUGAAGUUAAAUUAAGAAUUCAUUCUAAUAGACCAGUUGACAUUCAUCGUCGUCGUCAAAAAAUAUCUACGUCAACAGUACCAACAAUUGUGUCAAAUACUGGUUCAUUGACUAUUGAUGAAUCUCUUCCCGUCAUGAUUAUCGAUAAAACAAAUCAUCGUCUAUCGCCAAUCUGUGAUGAACAAUUUGAACAUUUUCCUUCGAUUAAUUCAACUGAUAAUAAUCGUAUGUCAACAAAAUCAUCUUCAUAUCAAGCAACACUUUUUGCUCGUCGUCAUUUUCAUGUAUAUGAUUGGACACGUCUUUCAUUUUAUGAUAAUGUUCCAACACCACUUGGAUAUUUAAGCGAACCAUUAACUAUUGAAGGUUGUUCACCAACAUCAACAUCAUCAAAUGAUGAUAAAAAUUUGUCAAUUAAUCGAAAAGAUUCUGGUCUUGGUACAAGUAGUGCUGAACGACAAAUUGAUUCAAUUUUAUUAACUAAUAAUAUUAAUCGUUCAUUAUCUUCUUCAUCAUCAUCAUCUUCAUUGAAUAGUAAUAUAACAAAUACAUCAUCACGUUUACUAACAAGCCGUAAAAUACGUGUUAAAUGGCAUUCAUUUACAAAAACACAUCGUCCAAGUUUUAAUUCAUUAAAGUAUCAUUUAGGACAAAUGUCUGUUGGGCAAUUAUUAGCAUUACGUCGUGCUGCAUUAAUACGUUUACAAGAAUUAUUUGAUACAACACGAAUAUUAUCAAUGAAUAAAUCAACAUCAGUCAAUAGAACAAUUACAUCAAGACAAUGUUUACUUGCAACAGCAUUUAGUGCUGUGCCUAAAUUAAUUAUUCGACGACAUCAACAACGAAAGGAAAUUCAUCAUGAAGUUAAAAAAUUAGUCUUUGGUGUUUCUCUUCUUUCCAUGACACAACGUACUGGACAUCCCGUACCAAUAACAAUUAUUUCAGCAAUGAAAUAUUUACGACGUACAUCUAUUGAUAGUGUUGGCAUAUUUCGNUCUUUAUAUAUAGACCCGAGCAUAUUUUUUUUACACUCAUUCGUAAUCAUUGUCUUAAUAGGUCAAGUUUAG